AGCCGAGUGGCUGGUUUUAUUAUUAAAAGGGACGGAGAGAAAAAUGCAGGGCUGUGGAGCCACAUUGUUAUAGAUUAACAGCAGAGACACAGAGAUAGAGAGAGAGACGGAAGAAAUAACCGCGAUGUGAGUGAUUUGGUGCUUUAUUUAAGAUUUUGUUUCGUGAUUUUUUUGGGGGAAAGAAAUCCCCUUGCCACCCACCCCGGUUAUUUGAAGAUGUCAUGGCAGAAGCGGAUGCAACAACCCCUUAUGAAGAAUAUGAGUGCAAAAUCUGCUACAAUUACUUCGAUCUGGGGCGCAGGGCGCCGAAGAUCCUGGAGUGUUUGCACACCUUUUGCGAGGAGUGUCUGACCACUCUGCACGUCAGGGAGGACCGGCCAUGGCGAAUCGCCUGCCCCAUCUGCCGGCACAGGACAGCGGUGCCCGACUACCGAAUACACAACCUGCCCAAUAACACGAAGGUGACCGAGGCUUUCCCACUGUACGUGGGAGCCGACCCUCUGCCCCAGGACGCCCUGCCACCAACGCCCCAACUGCAGAGGUUUAACCAAGAGUCUCAUUCCCAGCAGCACCAGGCAUCACAGCAGCAGCCCCGGUCCAGCGCUUCCCUGCCGCUUGAGCUCGGCGCCCCUUCGGCGGCCACGGGCCGCCGCCAGUCCCGGGGACCCUCGGCGCCUUACGAGAGCUGCCAGAACUGCAAGCGGGCCGCCCUGACCGCCGGCUGCGUCUGCGUGGUCUUCUCGUUCCUCUCCAUGGUGGUGCUGCUCUUCACCGGCCUGAUCUUCGUCAAUCACUACAACAUUUCGCCGUCUCCGGUCGGCCCCAUCUGCCUGUCGGUGGCCAGCAUCUUAGCCUUGUUCUCAGUGGUCGUCACGUGGGUGAUCUGCUGGCUCAAAUACCGCCCCGACAGCAAUGGCCAGGUGAACCACAGCAGGGCUGCAACCGCUGCCUCUUCAACCCGGAGAACCACUGAGCACUUGGGAUGAAGCGCAGAUUAUUUUAUUGCCAAAUGACCCAAGUGGGGAACCACAGACAAAUCCCUCACCCUCUUCCCUGUGCGUGCUUUAAUCGGAUACUGUUGCAUGCCGAGAUGAAAGGAAAUGAUGCAGUUCUUCAAUUCCUUCACUCAACACCUUUCCCUUUCCAUAUCACAGGACGAACUUCCUUCCACUCAUGUGUGGCUUGUUGGCGAAAUAACCAGUAAAUCUGUAUCCCAAAGGCUCCCCAUGCUUUUACUCAUAACAGAAUUGUGUGCAUCGUAUUGUGUUGAAAUGUCCAUGUUCAAAUUGCGCCAUAAGUGAAAUAUGCAUCGUUAAAUUUUGAUUGUGAAUAUAUGUACAACUGAAACAAAACUGAUAGAUGUGGUUGUCUAAAGUCACCAAACUGUGGGCUUUGGUUUCCUAAAUGGUAAGUCGGAAGGAUGUUAGGGAGACUUGGCGAGAUAAAGAGUUCUGGAAUUUGUUUGCCAAACAGACUAAUCGGCCACUGAUUUCACUUGUGGAUAAUAGCUCUUUUUCUUGGAAGACUGCAGAGAAACCAGGGCCAGUAGGGGUCGGGAAGGCCCUUUUAAACCCGAGAAGAAGUAAUUUAAAAAUAGAAGUACUGUAGUUCAGUCCGAUCAAAUCAAACAGAUUGUUGACAAAUCUGAGAAGUGGUUACUCGAAACAUUAAAGGUCACUGAUUGAGACAAUAACAUCCACAUAUCAGAAUCAAUCCAUUUAUGUGCAUUAGUCACUAGUAUUUGAAUCAUUAAUGUAAUAUUACAUAUGCACGGUUCUCUCAGACAGCCACAGAUACGUAAAAGAAAUUCUGCCAGAGGAGCUUUGGGUAAAACAACAAAAUGUAGAUUGAUUUAAAAAAAAGAAAUAGUGAGGACAACAAGGAAGCUGGAGUCAAUGCAAAAUAUUACGGAUGCUGGAGAUCUGAGAUACAAAUAAAGUGCUGGAAAAUUUCAACAGAUCUGACAGCAUUUGGGGAGACAGAAACAAAAUUAAGGUUUUGAGUACAAUAUGACUCCCCUUCGGUUCCGAAGCACUUUCUGUGGUAGAAGUUUGAGUUAUGUUCAGGUUGGUUUGAAAACAUUCAGGUAGAUUUAAGUCAAAGGAUAACAUUAAAAAGCAAACACGGUAAUCCGGAAACUACAAGUAAAUUUCGACGACCUGAUUUCUGCUGCAAGUAAUUUUGACUUUGAGAAUUACCUUAAUUUCCUGGAAUCUUUAGAAAGUUGAAAGGGUAGCCCAUGACCAAGCAAAGAAGUUUUGUCUGAAUAUUUGUUACAAUUAUUUCGCAUUUGGGAUCUGUAAUUUUCAUUUUCUUUCAUGAGUUGAAAUCACUUUCAUAAUUGCUCAUCACCUCUAGUGGACAACAUUAAUCCAUUGUGGAAAUUUUAGAUAAAACUGAACUGGGAAAGGAAGUUCAAAUGCAAGUGAUAACAAUGAGGAAAUUAGUCCAAGCUUGUCCCUCCUCAAAGUGUACAAGUUUUAUAGAGCUGCCUAAAUGUACACAUAUCUGUGAUUGGGCCAUAGGCUGAAGGUCGUGUCAAGCCAAUGAGACCGACUCACCAUCUCUGUACUGUGACCUGAGAAGUGACUGCCUCAUAAAUUCAGGACGUUUGUGAUAACCCUUUAAAAAAUCCAUUUUGGAGAUCAAGGCGAAACCAGAGUGCUUUCUACAUCGCUAUUUCGGGUAUAGAAAUUGGUUUCCCAAAUGGCUCCGGGAAUUUGUCCAGAGCUUGAAACAUUUACGCUUGAGUUAGUUGAGUUUAACCAAGACAGUAGAUCGUUUUAGCAUUCCUGAGUUGGAAAAGAGACCCAAAUGCUCCUGGUUGUAUCUACCAAUCGUCCCAUCGAAUUAGACCAUGUGAGACGAGAGAGAAAGCAAGGCUGAUGAUGUCUCCGUGGUGGAAUCGAUCAAAAAGAAUAAAAUGGUCAGGUAGUGCAGGGAAGCUAAAGCCCGUGGAACUAGUUGGGGGAAGAAUAAAGAGAAAUAUAAAGAAUUGUCCAGGUGUAUAUCACACCAGUUUCUUAGGUGUUCUUGGAACAUCUUGAAAUGAUACACUCUAGUGGGAAACCAGCACGUUUAUCGUAGUAGUUUCAAAUUCCCCUUUGCUGGUUUAAUGAAUAAAUAAAACGGUUUAACAUUAAUAGUUUGUCUUUCCCAUAAAGUCGUGCAAAGAUAUUUCCCAGGAGGGCGUUAAACAUUUGCAAGGCGUUUUCCAAGUUUCAGAGCCAGUGGCGUUUUCUUUUAAAACUCUGGGCGAAUAAGCCCUCAUGCAACACCGAAACAGCGAAAUUCAUAAGUUAGCUGUCGAGAACUGAGUUUUUUUUCAAGAUCUCACACCUUUGCAUUUGUACGUGCUUCCUCUUGAUAUCGGUGACAUCAAGGAGAACUAAACUGAAAUGGACUGGACAGAAGCGAAAUUUUGGCAAAACCUUAUUCUCAGUUUUUAUAGACUUGCCCCUCUUGUUUCGUCGGUCUUCGAAGCAACAACAUUAUAUCUUCAUUCUAAAUGUGGAUUAUAUUAAUAAAAUGAUAUUUGCCAUACUUUGACAUUAGCCACACCCCAUAUUCAGGUAUAGGGUGAGUAAAAAUGUUGAAGAGUUUUGCCUGCCACAGUGCUUUCUUCUAACAGACAUACUUUUUUUUCGCGCAGCACGUUGGUUGAAAUUCAAUACUUUAAAAGUUUGAAUUGUACUGGUAAAGAAAAAGAAGCAACCCGUUUGAAUUUUGUUCGGAGAAGUGGAUGAUUUCGAUCAGAAUAUCGCGGAGACUCACUCGUGCAUUUGUAUUUGAAUACAAGUACAAGUGAACUCUUUCUGAUUUGUAAAUUGGUUUAGGUGUUUUUGCAUUGGGAUGUGUUGGGUGUAGUGCUACACUGGUUUCGUUCAGUAUGACAACUGUUUCCAAUCUGAGUCUAGAAGUGGAUGUAACUAAAAUAUUAUUGUAUCAAAUGAGUAUUAAUUGCACAUAUUGGAUAUUUUUAAUUUCUAAGUAUAAAUGUCAAAUUUGUGUAAUGUGCUAACCAGAAGCAUUACACAAUUCAGCGUCCAGAUCGAAUCUAGGCGGGCCUAGAUGGGUUUUUUUUAAAAGAAAGUGUUCCUCCCUCUUGUAUUUGCUAAUAGUAUGAGGGUUUCUUUGCUUAUGCUACUUUUUUUCAGUUAGCUAGAGCAACUGGAAAUUACAGGGAGUAGCAAGGUUCACGGAAAUUGUAUUGCUUGGAUAUUUUCAACUACAUUGAACAUUAAAAUCUCAAAAUAAUAA